GUACUGGUACAUCCCUAUUAGAUGUUAAGUGCGCGGCAUAAAGACAAUAGAUAGAUUUUCCCUGUUACGAAUUUAAUUUUAUAAUUGUUAAGAUAAUAUAUCUUGUACAGUGAAGUAAAGUAUUUAUAAAUAGCACGGUAUAACUGAAUUUAUCUCCAACUGCUACUACAAAUGUGUGAUCGGCUAGUUGACAACUGGUCAUUGAGGUUAUAUUACCGUUUCUAGUUGAAAAAUUGGAUUAAAAUGGAUUCAGCACCAGCCCAGGAGGUAACUGAACUGCUCCGACAAUGGGAGGAGCAGCAUACGUCCCCAAGCUACGACCCGAUCCCUACCCUGACGAGGAUAGCGGAGAUAAUAGAGGCGGAGACUGAGAAUUUCAUGAAGAAGGACCCAGAUCCCUUCGAUGAGAGGCACCCGUCGCGGACUGACCCCGAAUGUGCUCUCGGGCAUGCACUCAAAGUCAUGUUCAAGAAAGACAAUUUUAUGACCAAGUUGGUGAACGAUUACGUCCGCGACACGUAUUACUCCCGGCAGAACAUCACGGGCAGAGACGUGCACGCGCUGAACGUGUGCGCGUGCCGGCUCACGCUCGACCUGAUGCCGGGGCUCGAGAUGAGCGUGGUGUUCCAGGAUAACGAGGUUCUCAUACACCGUCUAGUGAGCUGGGCGACCAAUUCCCCGGAGCCGCUGCAGUGCUACGCGACAGGUCUGCUCGCAGCCGCCAUGGAGGUGCAGGAGAUAGCUACCAACUUCAGAGAUUUAAACGCAAUGCUGGUACCUCUGAUGCUGCAAAGGCUUCACGCCCUUAGGAACAAGGGGCAGGAGGAAAAGAUGAACCAGAGCACUGUGACGCCGCCGAACCAGACGCGACACUUCGCGAGGUUCGACAAGAGGCGAGCCAACGACGCCAAGAGCAACGGACCCACGCCGGAAAAGAAGGACCGCGAGAAGGACGAAGGCGGGGGGGGCGACAUGCAAGUGGACGAGGAGCCGCCCGUAGACCCGGAGACACCGGUCAAGAACUACAAUUGCGUUGAAACUUCCCCGUCUCCCGGCUUGAUGUCGCCGCCCGCGCGGCGUUGCCGUCCCGCGCCCGCGCCGCACGAGACAGAGUCCAACUCCAGCUGGGCCGAGAUGGAGACUUAUGUUAUAGGUAACAUACAAAUCCACCCGCCCACGGACGCGACCAAGCAGAUGUUGAUACUGAGGUAUCUCACACCCAUGGGGGAGUACCAGGAGUUCCUGUCGCACGUGUUCGAACAGAACGCCCUGGGUCUGAUCCUGGGGUACUUGAACGUGCGCGAGUCCCGCGACUCGAGGCUGGCGUUCGAGGCGCUCAAGUACCUGGCCGCUCUGCUCUGCCACAAGAAAUUCUCCAUCGACUUUAUCAACAUGGGCGGAUUGCAGAAAUUUCUAGAAGUCCCCCGUCCGUCGGUAGCGGCGACUGGCGUGUCCAUAUGUCUUUACUAUCUGGCUUACUGCGAGGACGCCAUGGAGCGCGUCUGCCUUCUACCGAGGCGGACACUCUCCGACCUAGUCAAAUACGCAUUGUGGCUGCUCGAAUGCUCCCACGACUCCGGGCGUUGCCACGCGACCAUGUUCUUCGGCCUCUCGUUCCAGUUCAGGGUCAUAUUGGAGGAGUUUGAUAACCAGGACGGCCUUCGGAAGCUGUACAACGUGAUAUCGACCCUCCCGAUCCUCGGCUCUGAUGAUGAGGAGCUGCCGGUGUCCGAGGACGAGACGUGCGCCGCGCGGCAGAUCGUCCGCCACGUCUGUGUGGCACUCAAGAGGUAUCUAGAAGCACAUUUGAGGCUCCGAGCUGCGUUAGUAUUGAGGCUCCAGGGCGACAACGUGCCUGAACCGCCGCCUUAUAAGGCAUCAAAGUCAUCUCCAGAGGAGAUCCAAGAGCAAAUCGAACUGCUCCAAAGCGUGGCGUGGUCCCCGUGGGCGCCUGUGGACGAACUACUGGAGCUGGGUGGCAUCGCGCUGCUGCUGCAGGUGGUGGGGCUGGCCUACGAGUGGAACUUCAACGGCAGGGCGGAGACUGUUCGCUCGGCGUUGGAUGUUGUGUCUGUCUGUUGCGUCGCGCCCAGAGUUCAACUACUGCUGACAGAGAAGAUUGACAUGAGAGACGCCGAUCUUAACACCGGCGUUAAUAUAGUGCUUGGUGCCGCGGACGGCGAGAUAGUACCGGAGCCGGAAGUGCAGAAGGCUGCUCUAAACGUGCUCGUUAAUUGCGUGUGCGCACCCGUUCAUAGGGCCGGGUCGUCCACUAGCCGUUUCUCACUGACCGGCUCCAGUAAAAAGAAGACUGUAUUAAAAUCGUACGAAGAUAUCAUUCAGAAGGUGUGGGAGAGCGUCAGGACCAACAACGGAAUUAUGGUGCUGCUGUCGCUGAUGCUGGUGAAGUCGCCGAUCACGGACGCGGACCGGCUGCGCGGGCUGGCGUGCCGCGCGCUGGCCGGGCUGGCGCGCUGCCCCACCGUCCGCCAGAUCAUAUCCAAGCUGCCGCUGUUCACCACCUCGCAGAUACAAGUGCUAAUGCGCGACCCGAUCCUUCAGGAGAAGCGGCAGGAGCACGUGAUGUUCCAGAAGUACGCGCUGGAACUGCUGGAGAGGGUCUCCGGCAAGAGCAAGCAUAUGGGCGCCGAGUUUGAGACCUCUCUGGCCAACAUACACAGGGCGAACGUGGUGGCCCAAACGCGGAUAAAUUACAACGAGCGGCAACUGUUGCAACUGGUGGCGUGGGAUUUGUCCGCGCGCGGGCUGGCCCGGAGCGCGGCCACGCUGCGCGCGGAGGCGGGGCUGCCCGCGCCCGCGCCGCCCGCGCCGCCGCCGCCGCCCCCGCCGCCCGUCUACGCCACCGCCACGCCCAACAGGGCUCGCCUCUCAGUGUCCCGGACGAACAGCGUCGGCUCCGUACACCGGGAGAUCGACAUGAACCACACAGACGAACACACACCCACGCCGCUCGUCAUAAGGCUACGGAAAGUUUCAAAUCCAACCCUGAGCGCAGUAUCGAGCCCGCUCUCGUCUCUAGCUACGCCCGAACGCCACCGCUCCCUACAGAAGCAGCCCUCAGUCCCGGCCCUCCCCGAACCCACGCCCCCCCCUCGUGUGACCUUACACUCCAUAAUAACAGAAUACCUUUACAAUCAACACUCGCUGUGCAAGAAUCCGGUGGUCACAUGUCCUCAGUUUAAUCUUUUUGAGCCGCACAAGUGCCCGGAGCCGCGCGAGCGCGCGGGCACGUCGAACGUGUGCGCGCGCGUGUUCCGGCGCGCGCUGGGCGCGCACGUGGGCCGCCGCGCCGACGCGCGCCUCGUGCACGCGCACUUCGCGCCCGCGCGCACGCUGCGGCUGCAGGACGACGACGCGUGCUUCACGCAGGCCAUAUACCACCCGACUCAACAUCAACUGCUAACGGCGACAUCUUCCGGCGACAUCAGGGUGUUCAACCUGUUCUCCGGCGUGGAGGAGAACUCUUACCAGGUCCACGAGUCGUACAUCUCUCACAUGCAGGCAAGCCGAGACGGCCUACUGUUGCUAGCUUCGACCCCCACCACGUGGCGACCUCUAUCGGCGCUGUGGAACAUGAAGGAGUUUGAGCAAUUAUUCCAAUUAGAAAACGAAGAGUACGUGGAGUUCUCCAAGAUGUCCGACGACCGCAUCAUCGGCACUAAAGGCGAGACGGCCACUAUCUUCGACACGCUGACAGGAAGAGAGCUGAUGACCCUGACCCCCGCGAUCAGCAACCAAUAUGCCAAAAACAGAGCUACCUUCAACCCUAGCGACGAACUGGUUCUGUCAGACGGCGUACUAUGGGACGUGAAUACGGGCAAGGAGAUCCACAAAUUCGACAAACUUAACCAAACCCACAGCGGGGUGUUCCAUCCUAACGGGCUUGAGGUAAUAUCGAACACAGAAGUGUGGGACUUACGGACUUUCCAUUUGUUGAGAACUGUACCUACUUUAGAUAAAGCGGAGGUGCUGUUCAAUCCCACAUGUUCAGUGCUAUACGCGGUGUGCUCGGACCAGGACUCGGAGGAGAGGAACCAGUUCGACACCAGCUUCAGGACCUUGGACGCGUACGACUACUCCAGCAUAGCGACGAUAGAAGUGAAACGCAACAUAUACUCGCUGGGCGUGUCCGGCUGGGGCACGCAGAUCGCGCUCGUGGAGAACGUGGGCGACGUGGACCACGUGCAGGAGUCCGCCGUGCGCCUCUACGACGUCGGCCGGCGCCGCGACCACGACGACGACGCGGAGGAGGACGACGAAGAGGAAAUGGCGGGCGGCUCGGACAACGACGACGGCUCCGACUCCGGCUCCAACGACGAUGAUCUGGCGACGAGUCUGUUAAGGAACGCAGUGAUGGGCCUCGCGGAGGGCAGCUCCGGCGACUCGGACAGGGAUGAUGACAACGAGGAGAGGCCGAGGAGGAGGAGACGCGCCAGGAGACGGGCGGCCGAAGGUCAAAGUAGUGACAGCGAAGGGGGAAUAGAUCUAGGAGACAUCAUACAGUUUGAACUGGACUAAUACAACGCUGCAACC